AUGUCUCAUGCAACAGUUCCUCGGGUUCCAGACCUGUACUCGUCACUGGACUACAAAGACAUCAUCGUCAGCCACGUACCCCAUGAUGCUCCGACCAUCACCAAAGUUAUCGUCGUGACUCUGAACCGCCCAGAGAGACACAAUGCCGUCAACGGAAACAUUCUAGAAGAGUUGGUCUCUGUGUUCAACAUCAUAGACGGGGAUGACCGCGUCAGAGCUAUCGUCCUGACCGGCGCCGGGAAUUCCUUUUGUGCAGGAAUGGACCUUUCGGAGGGCCCAGGGGGUCUAAUGAAGAUCAAACAGAAUCCAGAUGCGAUGAAUCAGUGGAAAGACCCUGCCUUUUACCUCCCCAAACUCAUCGGUCUCUCAAAGGCGAAUCACAUUGUCACAACAGGAAGCACUUACACGGCCUCCGACCCCCUCGUCAGCGGACUAUUUUCCAAGCUGCUUCCUACUCCCGACGAAACUGUGAGAUAUGCCAUCGAGCUUGCGACCGAUGUUGCUGAGAAUACUUCCAUCUUGAGUACCAAGUUGAUGAGGGACAUGAUGUUGUAUUGUCCUGAUACACCGGAGGAGACCCAUGACUUGGACUCCAAGGUGUUUAUCACGUCCUUUGGGUCCAAGGACAACGUGGAAGGUCUGACAAGCUUCAUGGAAAAAAGACAGGCAGAGUUUUCUGGGGAAUUUGAUAGGAGUGAUUUCUCAUUCUAUCCUUGGUGGAAACCGGAGAUACUUAGGUCGAAGAUCUGA